AGCUCUCUGAUUGAGGGGGACGAAGAAGAAGCAGGCAAAACCACGCAAAGCCUGGUGCACCGGAGGGCGAGGAUUAUCUGCAUGAUGGAUGGAUGGUGUUCGCAUCAAUCUGCUGCUGCUGCGACGAAGUUGGCGGCAAGCACAAGCGUGAAGGAGCGAGUUUAGUCCGACGAGGUCCCCUUUUGCCUGUAUUCAUCCCCCCCAUGUCGGUUGCCAGAUUCCAGCGUCAAGAUGCCUUUUUUGGGUUGAGGAAACGCAGCUAAGGACGAUGAGAUGAUGCUGUGGAUCUCACGUGGGGGAAUUCUCACUGCUGGUGAGGGAAAGUGGGUAAUUCCGGCUUCUCUCGACGAAGAAAGGCGGAUGGGUCCCGCUGUGUGUACCGUUGAGCGUUUCCAUCGACCCGCUCGCGUGGCACGGAAACGGGAAGCUUGGUGGUAAAUCGAGGCUUCCGAGUGGUGCCGAGAACUGUCCUCGUUGUUGUCAUCCUUUGUCCCCCCUGCAGUCUCUCUCGCGAGUCCAGUGCUGUGGCUGCUGCUCUCAUGAGCGACUGCGUUUCGGUCUGAGAUCCUUCCCUGUGCAAACCCACGCAGCCUUCGAUCUCUCUCUCUCUCUCGCUCUCUUACCUUGCCUGUUUUGAGUAGCGCCGCAAGAUUGAGUCUCUGUUCUAGCGAUGUGUUGGAGGGUUAAGCUUCAACGAUUGAGAUUAUUCCUGCUUUUUUUUUUUUUUUUUUUUUUUUUUUUUCUUUUUUUCUUUUUGUUUUUCCUCCUCCUUGAUACUCGGUGAGGAUCUGAGUUUGGAGUCUUGCAUGUGCGCUUCACUUCUGAUCGAAGCGAGUGGACUUGAGAAGAGGAGUUAUUGUUUUCGUUCUCGGAGGUGUGUAGUUUGUGGUGUAUACAUUCACCAGCUGAAGUCCCUUUUCGGAAGAGAACGUUUUUGUAAGCACCGUUUUUAUUACGGUGCUUGAGAAGUGUCUUCAGUUUGAUUUGCUGUGGUAUUUCUUCAUCCAGAAAAUUUGAAAGUGGCCUUGAUUUUGAGGAUUGUUCAAGAAGAAAAGGAAAUAUUGUUUAUUAAUUUUUGUGUUGUAAGGAAAUGAGGCUGGGGGAAAGCCAAUUUAGUGCUCAGCUCAAAUUAUUGUAGACGUGUCUCUUCUUCUUUUUUCUUCCCUUUUCUCUUCUUAUCUUUUUCAAUUUUGCUCCAUGAAGUUUCGCGAUCGAGAUAGAAAACCUGUUCCAUGAAUUUUAGCGUUUCAUAUCUUCUGAUAGAAGACACGCGCGCGCAUACGGAUCGCCAGUUGCUGAGUAUUCGUGAGGUACCGCCAAGGAAAGAAGUGAGUACUUUGUGAUGUCAUGGAUUUCGUUCGUCUCGGCAGUCCCUGAACUUUGAGAAACAUACACAACAUGGAGUGGCACGUCACAAUAGAACGCUAAGGGUUUCUGUUCCGUUCUACGGUGGACGAACUCGUCGUGUAUAAACCGAUUUCCUCCUCUCAUUCAUGAAUUCUCGUUGCAUUGCGUCAGCUGCGACAGUCAUCCUCUGUUCUUUUUCCUAUUUCUUUUUUCCCUAUCUGUUUGCACCACAUGAAUUCGCCUUGAUCGACCUUCCAUCGGGCGGGAAAAGUUUAUCUGAAGCUUCUUAUCAUCGAACGUUACAGAAGAAUAUUUCUUUAAGACGGCCAAUUGCGAACUUCGUUAAUACUCGUUAUUGUUUUCCAUACAACUGCGAGUUUCUGUUGUUUCCACUUUUGCAGGGUUCUCGCAUCAGAUUUCUGUUUUCAGUCUCGUAAACUUGUCAGACUUGGUUGGCAAUCACUUCUCUUUCAUUUGUGAUGUUGCGCGGGAUAAAAUGAUAUAUAUACAGGCUACAUAACAGGGAACGUCAUGUGAAUUUUCAUUAAAAAACACAGAAAACUUCCACCCGCUCUUGAUGUGUUUUGGUAAUGUAUCUAUGCCUGUGAUCAUGUUACUCUUAUUUAAAAGGGAAAAAUAUUCCCACAUUUAAACCCUACUUUCCUCGUGGCCAAAUUGGGAAGUAUAUUAUCAUGACAUGAAUUACCUCCUAUACUUUCCUGUAUGUGAGGUCGCGCGAGUUUCAAGCGAUACUUGCGUUGUAAGAGGAAUCGCUCAGCUCCUCAUUGGUUGUAACAAUUACAUCAUUUAUUCCUUUUCUUGUAUUGUCGUUCUUGUAUUACUUGUGAAGAUUCUUGACGGAUGGAUCUGACAGUGAUGAUCAUGUUAAUGCUAACAAGCAGCCUCGUUCCGACAAGCGAGUUCCAUCUUGAGUACUUGUUCAUUUUCCAAAUUUUUUAUGGCUUGGCGCAGCGGCCGACCUCUCUUCAAGCAAUCAACUUCAUCGGGAAGCCUGGGAAGGACUUUAUAUUUUUCCAGAUGGAGAACAACAAAGGCACGCCCAUUUCCUCUGGACCUGCAACAAUCGAAGGACGAGGAGGGUCUCUUUGGGGAGUUCAAAACUCUGGAGUUCUUAAAGAUUUACGGAAACGUCCAAUUAAUUGGGAUGGGGCCCGUAGUGGAUCUCGGUGUUAAGGUUCUCACUUCUCCCUGGAUGGAAGUUUAUCCUGUCAGAGCAGUCGCACUAUGGGGAGUGAAGCACACUGUCUAUUCCCAUUUUUGUGCGGGACAGAAUAUUGAGGAAGCCUCGGAAACAUUGCAAAGGAUGUGGGAGCUAGGGCUUCGAGGCAUUCUAGACUACGGUCUCGAAGAUGCAAUAGAUAACGCCUCUUGUGAUAGAAACCUCGAAAAGUUUUUGCAAGUGGUCCGACAGACGAGCCUCCUUCCUCAAGGAUCAGUGAGCUCCUCAUGCGUGAAGCUGUCUGCCGUUUGCCCAAUCGAACUCCUGGAACGAGUUAGCAAUCUACUUCGAUGGCAACAUGUGAACAGAGGAUUCAAACUGCCAUGGAAGCAGGAUGUCAUUCCCUUCUUGUCCGAAAAUAGUCUUGUGUAUCAUGUUACCUCCCCUCCGGAACCUUUAACGAAAGAAGAAGAAGCAAACUUGGUAUCCGCCCAUGAGCGUCUGACCAGACUGUGCAAGGCGUGUGAGCAAGAAGGAUUACCAUUACUGAUAGACGCAGAGUACUCGUCCGUUCAGCCGGCUAUUGAUUACAUCAUACACGCCGCUGCAGCAGAAUUCAACAAGGGUGCUCAACUUCUAGUCUACGGAACUGUUCAGGCAUACUUGAAGGAUUCGUUUUCACGACUAAAACUUGCAGCCAGGGGUUCUCAGUACAGAGGACUAUCUUAUGGGGUGAAACUUGUACGAGGGGCUUAUAUGUCUCGAGAAAGCAGACUGGCAUCCUCUUUGGGGGCUCUUGCUCCGACCCACUCGAAUAUUGAAGAGACACAUCGUUGCUAUGACGCUUGUGCUGCAUUCAUGCUUGAGCAAGCAGCACAUGGAGAUGGGGCAGUAGUACUUGCCACUCACAACGUGAAGUGCAGUCAAGAAGCGGCUGCCAAAGUACAAGAAUUAGGUUUUUCGAAAGAAAAUCCUCGAGUGCAAUUUGCACAGCUGAAGGGUAUGGCGGAUGUAUUAUCAUUGCGUUUGGCACAAGAAGGCUUUAGAGUUAGCAAGUAUCUGGCCUUUGGUCCUGUUGAAGACGUUAUUCCUUACCUUGUCAGACGCACGGAGGAGAAUCGUGGUCUUCUCAGGAAGACAUUGAUCGAACGGCAGUCUAUCAGUGCGGAGAUUUCAAGACGUGUUCUGCGACCUUUAAGAUUGCAACAGUAACAACAUCAAAUUCUACUGCUUCUUUCGUAAAACGGCUAAAGCAAUUUCCCGUUCCGACUCCCACCAUGUAAAGAAAAGUACACGUCAUACUGGGUCAGUAUUUAAUCCGUUGAUUUUAAAAAUAGAAAAAUACAUUUUGCACUUGUUAUACUAACUAUAGAAUUCUAAAUGUGACACAAACUUUAUUUAUUUAUUUAGGGUAAUUUAAUAUUUGAUUCAUAUAAAAAAAAUAUAUUAAAAAAAAUUCUCUAA